AUGUCGGAACUCAAGUUCUCUGCCUUCACGUCGCAGAUAGAACUCCCCUUCUAUUCUGCACUAUUCUCCUCGAAACUCGACCUCGACAAGCUCGAUGACUCGGCGCGGUUUGUUCUGGGCACAUACGAGUCGAGUCCACUCGCAACCCCGGAGGAAAGCACUCGCAUGCAGAUCCUCGGGAAUGCGCUGACAAGCAAUGCAAUCGGCCUGGGUCAGUGUCGAGCCGAGGGCAUGAUUAAAAAUGUUAACACGAUGGAGGACUUCAAAUCGACAGACAAAGGUGCCAUGCUCCAAACGGCGGGCCGGCAGAUAUGGGAUGCCAUCAAGGACGGGACUAUCUAUUCCAUUCCGUCGCUCCUAUCCGCCUUCACGAUACUUUCUUUUGCCGAUCUUAAAAAGUAUCGAUUCACGUACUGGUUCGCCUUUCCAGCGCUGCAUUCUGACCCUCAGUGGAAGAGGACGGCCCCAAUAAGCAAACUCACCCCAAAAGAGAGCGAAUCCCUGGUCGAGAAGGUUGGGACAUGGCGGUACGGAGUGGACAACAGACAAUAUGGAUUCUUCCUGGUUAAAAGAACACGCGGCGGGGAGGACAACCGAUCUAAGAACUCGUUUGACUCUUCAGCCGAGGACCUGGGGUUCAGAUGGGAAGUUGGCGCCCUCCGUGAUUUUGAUGACGGCUUCUUCGAAGGAGUUGCUGAAGAAGAUCGGUUUGUCUCUUUCCUCGAUCCCUCGAGUUACACCGAGCAUCCGUCGUGGCCGCUGCGAAACCUGCUGGUCUUGGUGCGACAGCGCUUCCACUUUACAAAGAUCAAUAUCUUGUGCUACAGAGACACCCAGGCCAGACGGCACGAAGCUAGAAGCAUCAUCCUGCCGCUUGCUAUGGACAGCGUGCCGGAGAUGGAGACAACGCAGAUGCCAAAGGUCACGGGGUGGGAGCGCAACGCAACAGGGAAGCUGCAGGCUAGACAGGCAAACCUCGCCGAGUAUAUGGAUCCGACCAAGCUCGCCGAUCAAGCUGUUGACCUCAACUUGAAGCUGAUGAAGUGGCGCAUAUCUCCAAAUUUGGACCUAGACACGAUCAGGAACACGUCUUGCCUGCUACUUGGCGCAGGCACUCUAGGAAGCUACGUAUCACGGAAUUUGAUGGGGUGGGGGGUGCGGAAGAUCACAUUCGUCGACUACGGCUCGGUGUCGUUUUCGAAUCCUGUACGACAACCGCUCUUCGAGUUCAAGGACUGUCUUGAGGGAGGAGCUCCCAAGGCGGCCAGGGCAGCUGAGGCGCUGAAAGCUAUCAAUCCAGGGGUAGAGAGCGAGGGCCAUGCACUUCCCGUGCCUAUGCUCGGCCAUCCGAUCACGGACGAGGCCAAGACGAAAGAGGAGUUCGCCAAGUUGAAGGAUCUGGUCGACUCACACGACGUUGUCUUCCUGCUGAUGGAUAGCCGAGAAUCACGAUGGCUGCCUACAGUCAUGGGCAAGGCGGCAGGCAAGAUUGUCAUGAACGCUGCAUUAGGCUUUGACACCUAUGUAGUGAUGCGGCACGGCGCCACACCAAAGGAUGGGUCUGAGAAGACCUUGGGAUGCUACUUCUGUAACGACGUAGUGGUAGCGACAGACUCUCAAAAGGAUCUCACCCUCGACCAGCAAUGUACCGUCACGCGACCUGGUGUGGCAGCCAUUGCGUCCGCGCUCCUCGUCGAGCUGCUUGCCAGUGUCCUGCAGCACCCCGAAGGACAUCACGCUGCGGCACCCAAGCCCGCUGCCGACUCUUCGUCGUACGACCGGGACCCCCAGGAUCACCCACUUGGCCUCGUACCUCACCAGAUCCGUGGCUUCCUGUCGACAUUCCAGAAUAUGAUGAUCCGUGGCGAAUCGUACCCGUGUUGCAGCGCCUGCAGCAAGCCCGUGCUCGAGGCAUACCAGAAGGACGGUUGGGGCUUCGUGAAGAAGGCACUGGAGGAGAAGGACUACGUCGCCGAGCUGUCCGGCCUGGCGGAGGUGCAGAGGCGGGCGGAGGCCAUGGCGGCCGACGUCGACUUCAGUGACGAGGAAGGGGUUGAGGGAGAUGACGACGGUGAGGCGGUGAUGGUAUGA